AUGAUUUGUUUACUACCUGUCUUGAGUACAGAUCACUCGCUCCUCGACAGAGAUGAUAUUCCAAUCGGCUUCCCGUGGAACGCGGAAGAUUGGAAGCGCGAAGCGGGUCGUAUGGAGGACGUCUUCGCCUCAGCCUACUGUACGAUCGCUGCAACGUCGGCUGUCGAUUCGAACGCAGGGUUUCUCGCCCGAAAUGCAAGAACUGAGUACAUGCGUGUACAAGACACCACAGGUCAUCAAGUCUGUAAGAAUUCACCUCGAAAGAAUUAUUUUCUACUAGACCCAAGCUUUCCAAACCGUCUCCUCGAAUCAGGUAGAAGCCGUACUGCGGAGUUUAUCCACUUUCUGUUCCAGGACUACUCGAGUCGUGGAAUUACUGAGCCCACAGACAGACGGGUCGCAGCAACUGGAUUGGAGGCCCGUAUCGCUGGCGCGCUGCACUGCAACAGCAAAUAUGGCAUCUUCGAAAAGCAUCUUCACAGGAAUCUCCUGUGGCAGACGUCGGACAAGCAGACAGAGCGUAUCGCGUAUACCAACAACCAAGAAGUGCCAUCGUGGUCAUGGAUGGCAUGCGGCGGAGGCAUCGAAUUUAUGAAGGUUGCAAUCGGCACCGUGAGCUGGGUUAAAGCUCUGGCUUUCGAUGUCGAGCGCGACUCUGCUGCGUUGAUCGCUGAUGUGGGAAAGUUCCGGCAUUACACAAUUGAACCUAAGGGCGAUCGCUGCAUUGUUCUCGACAUCUCAACAAACAACGAGGCAGGGUGGAUACGAUAUGAUAUUGAAAGCGGUGCAGAAGGCUCAGAGAAUCAUUGUGUCGUGGUUGGAAGGACAGAGAACUACCGCGUCGCGCAAAGAUACUACAUUCUGGUCGUUGUGCCCACAGGAAAAGAUGGCGAGUACAGAAGGGUUGGAGUUGGAAAGGUGAGAACUAGUUGUGUGGAGAGAUUGGGGUCCGAGGUGCGAAUUGUGUGA